AUGGGAAUUAAGAUUUACAUGCUAAAAGAACGCCUAGAAAAUUUACCAAAAGCGCAGGCGGCACUUUCUUGGUUAAGGCAAUUUAAUUUUUAUUCUACUGGACUUUGUUUUGCUUUAAUAUUACGCUUCACAAUUUGGCGUCGUCAGAAAAGGCAUAAAUGGAUCCCUUGGUUUACUGGAUUUUUCCUCUCCUAUUUCUACCAUAACUAUAACAUUCUAAGGAGACCAUCGGCAGAUUUAAUUCCACUAGAAGAAUAUAAACGUCAAUCUAUCCCACAUUAUUUGGAGAAAUUUUCAUAA